ACAGUUGCCUCGAGACCCGGCGGCAGGCGCCAUAGUGACCGUAGCCCUGGAGACUGUUACUUGCCAACGGCAGCAACGCGCGGCCCCGGCGGCCGGAGCCCAGCGCAGCCCGCGGCGCCCGGCGGGGAGGGCAGCAGUGAGCAUGCAGAGUUCAGAGCCUGCGUCGGACGCAGCAGCUUCUGUGGCACUUCACACUUCGGCAGCAGCCCAAGCUCCGGUGGUGCAGCCCGUGCCAGCGUCGCAGCAGAGGGUUUUGGUCCAAGCAGCAGGCUCCGCUCCCAAAGGAGCGCAGAUGCAGCAGAUCUCUGUUCCCAGAGUUCAGCAGGUUCCACAACAGGUGCAAUCCGUGCAGCACGUAUAUCCAUCCCAGGUCCAGUAUGUGGAAGGAGGAGAAGCUGUUUAUACCAAUGGAACCAUACGAGCCACCUACUCCUACAACACCGAAGCUCAGAUUUACGCCCCCAGCAGCGCAGCGUCCUACUUCGAACCGCAGGGAGGUGGAGCUCAGGUGACUACAGCGGCAUCCUCUCCUACAGCCAUUCCCUCUCACAACAUGGUGGGCAUCACCAUGGACAUUGGGGGAAGUCCGAUCCUCUCCGGCUCGGGAGCCUAUCUCAUUCAUGGGGGGAUGGAAAACACUAGACAUUCUCUGUCACAUACUUCACGCUCCUCUCCAGCAACGCUUGAAAUGGCGAUUGAAAACCUACAAAAAAGUGAAGGGAUUACAUCACACAAAAGCAGUUUGCUCAACAGCCAUCUCCAGUGGUUGUUGGACAACUACGAGACGGCGGAAGGCGUCAGCCUUCCCAGGAGCUCUCUCUACAACCAUUACCUGCGGCACUGCCAGGAGCACAAACUGGAUCCGGUGAACGCCGCUUCCUUCGGAAAGCUGAUCCGCUCGGUGUUCAUGGGGCUGAGGACGCGCCGCCUGGGAACCAGGGGAAACUCCAAAUAUCAUUAUUACGGGAUCCGACUAAAACCAGAGUCUCCGCUGAACCGUUUGCAGGAGGACACCCAGUACAUGGCAAUGCGGCAGCAGCCCAUCCACCAGAAGCAGAGGUACAGACCGGCCCAGAAGAUGGAUGGCAUGGCGGAGAGCGGGUCCAACAGUAACCCGCACGCGACGCCCGAGCAAUCGGUUGCUGCUCAAAGUCAACACCAUCAGCAAUUCAUAGAUGUAACCCACGUCUUUCCCGAGUUCCCAGCCCCGGAUCUAGGUAACGUGCUCUUACGAGAAGGGGUCACCAUGAACGAUGUGAAAACUCUGCAGCUUCUUUACAGGCGACACUGCGAGGCGACUUUGGACGUUGUGGUGAAUCUUCAAUUUCACUAUAUUGAGAAACUGUGGCAAUCCUUCUGGAGUCCUAAAACACCCUCUAGUGAUGGCUCUGCUGCCCUGCCGCCCAGCGAAGAGGAACACGAAGGGACCCUCCCCAAAGACAAGCUGAUCACUCUGUGCAAAUACGAACCCAUCCUCAAAUGGAUGAGGAGCUGCGAUCACAUCUUGUACCAGGCGCUGGUGGAGAUUCUCAUCCCAGACGUGCUCAGGCCGGUGCCCAGCACCCUCACACAGGCGAUCCGUAAUUUUGCCAAGAGUUUGGAAGGGUGGCUGAUGAAUGCAAUGAGUGAAUUCCCCCCCCACGUUGUCCAGACGAAGGUCGGGGUAGUGAGUGCCUUUGCGCAGACGUUACGGAGAUACACGUCCCUGAACCACCUGGCUCAGGCCGCCCGGGCCGUGCUGCAGAACACUUCCCAGAUCAACCAGAUGCUCAGCGAUCUCAAUCGGGUCGACUUUGCCAACGUGCAGGAGCAAGCCUCGUGGGUGUGCCAGUGCGAGGAAGGCAUGGUACAGAAGCUGGAGCAGGAUUUCAAGCUCACCCUGCAGCAGCAGAGUUCUCUGGACCAGUGGGCUAGCUGGCUGGAUAACGUUGUCACACAAGUCCUGAAGCAUCACGAGGGCAGUCCCAGCUUCCCCAAGGCAGCCCGGCAGUUCCUGUUGAAAUGGUCUUUCUAUAGCUCCAUGGUGAUCCGUGACCUCACCUUGCGCAGUGCUGCCAGCUUUGGUUCCUUCCACCUGAUUCGCCUGCUCUACGAUGAAUACAUGUUUUAUCUGGUAGAGCAUCGUGUUGCCCAGGCAACAGGGGAGACGCCGAUUGCUGUAAUGGGAGAGUUUGGCGACCUCACGUCCCUGUCCCCAGCGCUGCUGGACAAAGAUGACAUCAGUGACCUGGGCAGCGAGGUGGACACGGACUCCCGGAGCGUGGGGGAGCCGCUGGUGAAACGGGAACGCAGCGAGCCCGGCCACUCGCUGCAGGAGAUCUGAAACGGGGAUUGGGCUUUUCUCCAGCUGGACGAAGACAUCUGGAGCCAGGUUUGACGGUCGCAAGCCUGAGUCUCCCCGUAUCUGCGUUAUUAGUGCCUCUUAGUUUCUCUUUACGUUUACUUGUGUUUGAGGACGGGCUGCGGGGGUGAGCCCGGGCGGGCGGUGGGACGGGGCUGGUUUGGCCGCCUGCUUUCCUCCAGCGUCACUGCUGGCUUGAGGGCCGAGGUCCGAAGUCUACUACCGAGCGAUGGAAGCCUCCGUGGUCAGCAGCAGAUGGGAUGUGCCUGUCCUCUCCAGCCUGAGCGUGGCAGGCAAACGGGGCUUUCUCUUUCAGGGAAAGUGGUUUGGGUUUCUUCCCCACUUCUCAGACUUCACUGUGAUACAAACUUGAACCAAUCAGUGCCCAAGAAGAAGGAAAAAUACCUGACCCGUCUCCUCCAGCCUUUCAAGACAAGCUGUCCUGGCUCUGACUUUGCCAAAUCAUUCGUGCCGGGGAGCGCAGGACAGUUCGUCUCUGUCCCACCCGCCUGGGGAGAGGGCUCCAGGCUGCACAUCCAUCUGGUCCCGGCAGAGUUGGUGCACGUGUGUGCUCCAGGACUGGUACGUGCACGCUCCGGGACUGCGGGACACGCUCCGGGACUGCAAGACACGCGUUCCCACCUGCUCCCGUGUCUCCCCAGCCGGGCGUUUCAUCGCUGAUCCACGAGUGCUCCUGGGACACUGUCAGGCCAACUCAAGAUACCAAAGGACUCUGAGGAAGCGGCAGCUGGUCGCAAAGCGUGUUCGUUGCCCCCUGCGCUCUGAUGCCCACAGGCCAUCCCAGGGGCAAUCCCGUUGCCCGGGCAAUCCCCAUCCUCGCCAGGGUACCCAGGCAGAGGGCAACUGGUCCCGUGUCCUGGGUUUUGUAAAACUCUCGCUUGAUGUCCUGCUAAAACGUUGAAGGUCGGGUGCAGCUGCCCGUGGGGCUGUGUCCGGAGCACGGGCGAGGGUGUGCGACCGCAGUGCCUUAGGGUGGGCCACCGUGCCCGCUCCCCCCGCUCCGGGCGAGCCGGCGCAGCGCUGCCUGCUGCUCCGAGCCCGAUGAAAGAGAAGAGCCCGUCCCGUGUAGCAGCGAGGGGCUCUCCCGGGCCCCGGCUUUGCUCGGCGCUACGGUGCCGUUUCCCCUUGCUCUGUCGCUUUGCCUCCUGCGGCGGCGUGGGGGCGGCUCCCGCGGGGCUGCGCUGGGGGAGCUUCUGCCCCGGGGCGGGGGGUUUAUUCUCCUUUUCCGUGUCCUGUGCGUCGGGGCUGACAGGGACGACAGGGCAGAGCUCAGGGGGGAAUCUGCCAUCAAGCCAAACCGCAAAAACAAAGCCCUGGGGCAAAUCUUUUCUGUGAAUAAAGGCCGUGUCAUAAAUAGCUUUUAUUAUCAUUAUUAUUAUUAUUAUUGUUAUUAUUAUUAUUUCUAAUGAUACAGUAUUUGAUGUGAGCUUUUCCAGGGGCCUUGUGUACAUUUGCAUCAGAGUAUAUUCUACCCAAAUAUAUUAUUUACUCUUUCCAAAUGGUACUAAGGUAGCUGUGACACUUUAUUGCUAAUGGAGAGUAAAAAGAAAGCGCGUGUAGUGGCACAUCUUUCCCUCUUACUGUCCCGUGCUGUUGUCUGUCAGGGUGAUGUUUGUCUGUAAAUGCCUCAUAUCAAAGUCGCAGGAGACAAGUGAGAAAGCUGCAUUUGUCUGUAAAUAACGACAAGUCGAUACUCCCGGGGUCAGAGUCCGCGCUUCGGAUCCUGCUGAUGCGAUAAGAUGGUCUAAAAAAAACAACUGAGCAACCAAGUCUUAACCUCCCCUGCUCCCACCGAGCGCCAUGGUAUCUUCAGCUGGUGCGUUGGCUCUUCUUUGCCCCAACCCAGCCACCUUCUGCUCACCGCGGCCGGGCAAACGAGAUGCUCCGGAGCUGUGCAGCGCCGUGCGAGGAGUCUGGAUAACCACCUACACCCGAUCUGCACAAAAUUCCCGGCUAAACCUGAAUAGCAAUAAACAUGUAUCCAAUG